CUUCUACUUUAUAAUUUUAAGCUGAAAGAAAUGUGCCGUAGAUAUGGAGAUACUUCAACUUGGGGAUAUAAACAUAAUUUUGUACAAGGAAAUGCUUUGGGAUACAAUCAAGCAAGUAUUCAAGGAAAUUAUUUUAGUGGACAUCAGCAAAACCAUGGAUAUCAGACAUUCUAUGGAAAUCAACAAAUUUCUAGUCAUCAACAAGGUUUAGGGGAUUAUACAGGAAACGGGCACCAGCUAUACCCUGGAAAUCUCGAAGGAAAUAUGAGAAUCCAAGGAGGCUCUGGAUAUAAUGAAGAAUCAAAGGAUACAUAA